CGAUCAACAAUUUUUUUAAUGUCUUGACGUGAGCGGGCACGGUUACUGUAAGCCGUCGAUAUGUCGUUGAUUAAAUUAAAUUUAGUUUUGUGCAGUGUAAUAUUAAGCGUUUUGGUGUGCGUCAAUACCCAGUCCGUACACAGACGUUUUGAAUACAAAUAUUCGUUUAAGCCGCCGUAUUUAGCGCAAAAAGAUGGAUCCGUUCCAUUCUGGGAGUACGGAGGCAAUGCGAUAGCGUCUGGUGAGAGCGUCCGCCUGGCGCCGUCGCUGCGCAGUCAGAAGGGCGCCAUCUGGUCGAAGCAGCCGCUCAACUUCGACUGGUGGGAGAUCGACAUCAUGUUCAAGGUCACCGGCAGGGGACGGAUAGGAGCUGACGGACUGGCGUUCUGGUACACGACUCAGCGCGGCGACUACACGGGCGAGGUGUUCGGCUCCUCGGACCGGUGGAACGGGCUCGCGGUCAUCUUCGACUCCUUCGACAAUGAUAACAAGCACAACAACCCUUAUAUCAUGGCUGUGAUCAAUGAUGGCACUAAGGUGUUUGAUCAUAAGAGUGACGGUUCACAACAACUCCUGUCAGGAUGUCUUCGUGACUUCCGUAACAAGCCGUUCCCGACUCGCGCCCGCAUCGAAUACUACCUCAACACCCUCACAGUGUACUUCCACAACGGCAUGACAAACAAUGAAGCAGACUACGAGCUAUGUUUCCGCGCGGAGAAUGUGGUGCUUCCGCGCGGAGGGUUCCUCGGGCUGUCCGCGGCUACGGGCGGACUGGCGGACGAUCAUGACGUCAUUCAUUUACUCACUACCUCGUUGCACGCGCAGCAGCAGCAGAGCGGAGGUCAGCAGAUGAGCUCUGACGAGCAGCAGAAGCUGUCGCAGGAGUACCAGGAGUAUCAGAAGAAACUCGAGCAGCAGAAGGAGGACUACCGGAAGGAGCAUCCUGAUGAGGUGCGUGACAAGGACGGCGAGUUCGAGGACUGGUUCGAGUCGGACGCGCAGCGCGAGCUGCGGCAGAUCUUCCAGGGACAGGGACAGAUACACGACAUACUCAGGGAUCUUAACAAGAAGGUCGAUGAGGUGAUAGGCAAGCAGAUGAACUCGCUGUCGAUGCUGACGGCGGUGUACGGACACACGCAGGGACAGCCCAUACAGCCCGGCGCCGCGCCGCCGCAACAGAUGCCGACGCUGCCUAUCGGUCGUCACGACUGGGACGCGCUGGUCGCCAACAAUCAGAUCAUGAUCAACACCAUCGCUGAACUCAAAGGGUUCAUAAUCGACGUGUCCCGUAAAUCAGACUCGCUAGCCGCCGCCACUGGCGCCGCGGGUGCUGCCGGUGCUGGAGCCUCACCGCAGUUCCUCAACGAGCUGCGCGAUAGUAUGCAACAGGUCAAGGCCACCGUCACUGGCGUGGCGCAGAGGUUAGCAACGCAACAGCCGCAGGUAGCGGGCAUGUCGGCGUGCCCCGACGUGAGCUGCGUGAGCUUCACCGGGCUGCUGGUCGUUGUAGCAGCUCAGCUCGCGCUCAUGCUCAUAUACGCCAUGUAUAAAGAAAGAAAAGAGGCGCAAGCGAAGAAAUUCUUCUAAGCAGUUGUUAGUAGAACUCUCUAGGUGUCGCCACUGGUUUCAUGUUAUUGUCACACUUCGCCAAUAGAUGGCGCUGUACACAGUAAAUGUCUAGUAUUAGGCCGCGUCCAGGCAGGCUACAUUUUUGUCCCGUCUAGACGUGCCCUAACAUACAUUUUGUACUGACUCGGAUACUCUCUUUCGGUUACACAGUUUAAACCAGGGAGAUAGUCUCCACGAAGUAUAUUUUCUUAAAACAAUUUAUUUUAUUUUUAUAAAAAGCUGUGUUCUAUCUUAAUUUUCUAAUCUUCUCUCUAUUGUCUAUUUUAUUAAAUAAACAGCUGAAAUAAAUGUACGCACAUAGCUUUCGCACUAAAUUGGAUAUUUUUUUUAAUGCAUUUGAUUUAGAAAAUGCAUGUUUGUAUGUAACAUUUCUUAAGAUUAAAAUUCCGUAACAAUCCGAAUCCGGAUUCGUACUGAAUGUAGGUUUAUAAUAACGUGCUAUAAAUAAUGCUGGGCUCGAAAAUGUAUCUCUAAAGUAUUAUAAAGUUCUAUCUAUAAUAGAUUUAUGUAUUUCGAUGUUCCAACAACUAUUUAAUAUGCAGAUAAAUGUUACGCCAAGAAGCUUAUAUGCGCGACUGGAGACUGACGCUACAAUGCCCAGUUUCAUCGACAAAAUAAACGUUCGUUUUUCUUAAAACAACCGUUUCCUAUGAAAAAUGACGUUUACAUGGGCCAAGACUGUGAUUCCUCAAAAAUGUUGUGAUAAUUUAUGCUUUCAUGAUAGAAAAUUGCAUUCACACUAGGAUAUUCAUAUGUGAGUGAUUUAUUUGCCCUAUAAUAAUUAUUAUCUGUACGUUAGCCUCCAGUCAAACUUCUAAGCUUCUUGGAACUACAAUAGAAAUGGCGCCAAAAAUGUUUAGUAAAUUAAAAUGUCAAAACUUUUUAGCGUAUUUUUUGUUGUGGUCCUUGUUUGCUCAAGUUAGUCUUUCGCCUGUUAAACAAAUAAACAUACCUAAUAUAACUUAAGUGAUGAUCUCAAAAUGUCACUAAUUUCAGUCAAUAACAUGAAACCAGCGGAAAAAUUCAAUUUUUUUACCAAUUUGAGUGCGAGAUGCUCUUCCUGUACAUAAUAAUAUUUAUAUUUAUACUUACUGUUCUGUUCGUCGAUGUUUUUUCGUUUUUGUAUUAUUUUUCCAAGAAAUUUGUUAUUUUUCUAUCGUAUAGCUGAUGUAUCGGUCUCGCAGUGCGUGUGUGAAUGUGUAAAAAUGGUUGUAAGUAAAGAUUAUUUUUUGAGAUUA